UGGUCUGUAAAAAAGUGUAUUUAAUAUGUGGUCAUGAUAUAUCUGAGUAUAUUUAAUGUAUAAAUAUAUGUCUCUGUAUUUGUAUUUUCAGGUAAGAGACAGAAAACCUCUUUAUAUUUUCAUAGAUACGUUAGGACAUAUGUCAGAGUUUACUCUGGAGCUUUUAGUUGCUGAUGGGCUCUGGCAUAUCCUGUCCUUAUUGAGCUGUGGGCAUAACACUUCUCUAUCUGUGGAUGACAAAAUGGUCUUGAACAUUACCAAACAAAACAUGGACUUCAGACUUAUUAGUUUGGAAAAGAUCAUUCUUGGUGCAGCUCCAAAUAGACAAACAAAGCUCAAACAGUCAGGCUUUAAUGGAUGUGUGGAAUAUUUAAACAUCAGCGGCUAUACUCUGCCAUUCAGUGGUCACAGUUUAAUGGUGGAGGUCUGGCCGAGUUCGACUCUUCCCCAGUCCAGCUGCAGCUCUCCAGGUGUCUGCCUCUCCUCACCAUGCUCUGAAGAAAACACCUUUAUGAGAACAUGUCUUUCAGAGUGUCAAAACCGGGUGAUGUGCAGACCUCCAGCACAGGACAGAUACUGCAUCUGUCUGCAAAAUGUCUCAGAUCAUUUUUGUGAUAUCUGCAUUUCAACUGCCCAUGAAAAGUGCUCAGAGAUGGAGCACAAAAGACCUUUAUGGGUUAUAGCUGUGGUUCUCCCUUUGAUCACCAUCCUGGUUGUAUGUAUGAUUGUGCUUCUGUGCAGAUUUAGACAGCGAAAUUCGAAGUCUAAAAAUGAGAACGUCCCACACAAAAUGGUGCAAGGAACUGAAAAUGCUAAUUUUUGUUUUGAUGACAACCAAGUGCUCAAAGCUACUCUUUCAACCUCAAAAGAGAAACCUCAUGAACAAAUGAAUGUAUUUCAGCCAAAUGAGAAGUUUAAUAGUGAUGCUUUUCUUUCACAUGCACAGCUGAUGCCUCCUAGUGAGCUGGAAUAUUAUGAAAUCGGAAGCAUUUGUAGUGCAUUUAAUUCUGACAACAACUCACCAAAACUCAGCUGGCACAAGAAUUUAUACAGUACAAAACGCCUUAAAAAUGAUUCAAGCCAGCUGGGGGAUCUAAGGAUGCUAUUAGGUAAAUUUAAGAAUGACUUCCUUGGUAAACAGAAAUGUCCUCCAAACCCUCAAAAUGCUGCCACAAUACACAAACAGUCAUUGUAUAAGCUUGACACAGAGCAGCAGCGGCAGAAAACUCCCUGUUACACAAAAGAAUUCCCACAACAAGAGCUCCUGGAGCCAACACAACCACUCAGUUUUGAAGAAAUUAGCAAAUUGAAUGGUCCUCUUGAGCCAACAUUUUCACAUCAAGCAUUUUUAAAGUCUGGACCCAUAGAAUCCAUUAUGACAACAGAGACCUCAUCUGAAUGUGAAACAGACAGCACGUUUACUUGUUCUGAGUCUGACUAUGACCAGUUUUUCAUGAUCACUGGCAAGAAAUAUAGGCAUGAGCAGCCAUUCCGAUCAGUGUGCAACAUAAGGCAGGAUGGUGCCCUUACUAAUAAGUCAUUAUUUGAACUAACAUCCUCCUCCACUUUGCAACAAGACAGUUCUAAGAACGAUCACUUUGCUAUGUUUAAACUGUGGGAAAAAAAUGUAAAUGUGCCCCUGACGUUUGACAUCUAUGCUGCAGUGUUUGAGGAUAUUGCAGGUAUGCCCAUGGAGUUGAGUCAUUGCUGUGAUAUGCAAAGUGAUGAUGAGGAAAUUAUUUGAAAGAUCAUAGCAGAUGUGACGUAGUUUAAUGUGAACAGCUAAUGACAUCUGAUUCACUACUUGCAUAAAGUAGUUCUCUAAUGUGUUUUAAAACUCUAGAAUAAUAAUAAUAAUUGCAGGGUGUGUGGGGGGGUUGCAUCCAUGUUCGGAUGUGGAGAUUGUGUGGUGACAGUGGAACUUAGCUGGUUGGAGGUUCUCCCUGGGCUAGUGUUAUAUUGGUAGUGAUGUUGUGUGUUUGCGGGUGCAACUGCCAGGGACUGCUUUUUGGCUGAGCUGAUUCCAUCUUGGUGUGGAGUUGGAGGGUCCCGUCUAGGUAUGGGGCUCAGUGGUCUCUGCUGUGUUGCGCUUGUGCGAGGUGACAUUGCGCAGGUGUAUGCCUUGCCAUCAUGUUUUUCUGUCUGGUUUGGUCUCUUGGGCUGCCUCCUUUUCUGAUAAUCUUAUGCCUCCCAUUAAACCUUGGGCCUAUGAUUUGUUUUUCUUUUAAACAUACAUACCAAAAUUCUGACCCACACUCCCCACCAGUAAUGAGCCAAAUAGAUUUGCCAAUCUGCCAAUAAACCCAAGAAGAAGAAGAACAAUCAAAGCUGCCAUUAGCCAGUGUUGCCAAAUUGGGCAGGUUUCCACUCAAUUGGGCUUCUUUUGAACAUGCUGGCUGGAAACAAUAGCUUUGGGCGGGUUGCUAAAAUUUGGGCUGCUUUUCACAACGUUUAGCGGGUUUUUGGAAAAAUAUUCUACAGAAACUUCUGUCAAAAUAGUUGCCACUGUGUGAAUGAAAAGUAAAAUAUUUAUACAUUUCUUUAAAAUGUUGUGUCUUUGCAUUCAUACCAUUUGUUCAUUUAUUUUGAAAUGUAGGGAAUCUGUUAGACGUUACAUCAUCAAUCACUGAUUAAUCAAGUGUCACUGUGAAAUGGUGUAUAAAUACAAAAAUAUACAGAAAGGAAUAGGAGGCUGAUCCAUAGCUAAAAUUGUGCAUUGCCCCUGCCCAAGAAGAUGACUCCAAAGCUCAUUGCAAGUAUUGUAAUACAGAAAUCCGAGCAAAAUUUUAUGAUUUGAAAGAACAUAGCACCACAAAAUAACCCUGGAACAUAAAUGCUCUCGUUGUGUUUGUGCAAUUCCGGUUCAGAUUCCGAGUCCUUGUUUCAGUCUCGGUUUCUGACAAUUCUCAACUCCAGUUCUGUUUGGCAGAGGGGUUAGAGGGGUCUGCAUGGUUUGUGUGAGCAGGCUGACCAGAGAUGUUUACGGGAUGGAAAGUUCUCGGCUACUUGGUGGGCUCUGUGGGCAUUUUGCCUUUGGUGGGCUUCGGUGUAGGUUUUCUUGUGGGGCAGCUUCUGGCUGGUGUAUGGGUGUCUGGCAUAUGCUCUUAGACAUCCGGGUGCCGGCUGAUGUUCGGCGCAGGUGCCUGGGCCGGUUUCCCCCACCGUUUAAAAUGCACUCAACAACAACACGCAUCAACACCACAUUUGAGCGGGCAGAGGUGAGCUGUUUCCCAUCUGUUGUUGGAGGUUCGGAAAGAGGAGGGGGCCUUCUGGUCGAAGUCUGACCUGUGGUUGGGUGUCAGGUCUCGGGGGAAGAUUGGUGCAGAGGCUGGCGUUUUGGUUCUCUCUGGAUCCUUUUGUUUAGCAUUUCAAUUCCUGGUUUUAGUGCCCAGCCCACUGGCUGGGGAGAUGAAAGUAGCUCCCUCUUUAAUUGAGUCUUCAUUUGCGCAGACAGGUUGCUUGAGCAGUGUUGUAUGAUAAUAAGUGAUAUUAUUGGGUCAUCAUUGGGAUAUUUCAUAACAGUUGUAGAAAUGCUGUAGCAGAGGCACAUGCAUGUGGUGUGCAUGAGAUGUAAGAGUUAUGGCUCUCAUGUUGCUGAAUCUCCAAUGGAGUGA